CUCGACUAUCCCUGAAGAAUGUUUAUACCGUUCGACGUUGAUAAAGCAACCCAAUCUAGAUUCUUACAGUCCUGUCUCCUACUAUCCCUUACAUACGAAAUCCUGCGCUCCUUCUCCACUUUGGUAUCCCCUCUUUUCGUGAUUUCCGCAGCAUGACAUUAGGCCUCCUCUCCACCUCGUCUCCUCACAUGGGAUCCUGGAUUCGCCGGUUAGUUGAUCUACCCGACUGGAUGUCCUGUCUCAGUGUAAAUCAUGGAGCUGAAGCUGUUUGCGCUAAAGUGAGGGGGAAAUGGAGACGACGACGUCUGAAUGUACUUCGUGUACUACACCAUGCUCCACACCCAGUCUAGGCAAAAUACAACACACCAUUAUAAUGGCUGAUCGUAUGACGGAACCCCUCGGCCUCCAGUGAGGUGCUUGAAAAGAGAUCCUAUAGAAAUCAGGUCUAUCUAGCCCAAAGUGUGAACAUAGUCAGUUUCUCUUGCAGU